UAUAGCUAUCUGCGCGGUCACACUGUUUUUGUGUGAAAAUUCUGUCGAAAAGAAUGUAUUAAAAGUUCUUUGAAUACUAAUUCCGUGUAAUUCCGACCGUGCUGUUUCAGAAAACUGUGGUUGGAUUGGAAACUUAACCAAAUUAUAAGACCUAAAUUUCGCCGGAAUAACGACGGCAAACGGACGGACGGACUCUAGUCGGAAAACGGGCGAGCUGGCAAUACUGCCAGUGCACAAAAUGAUGUGAAUCUCGGAAAAGAGGAAAGCUACAGGAAAAGCCAAGGAAAAGCAAGCCGGUAAAGUGUGCAAAUGCGAGUGGCAAGCAAAGACCUUUGUUUCCCAUUCCAUGAAGUUUUCUUGAGUUGUCCGCUGCUGUGAGUGGUCAUUAUCAGCCAUCAUCAUCAUUGUCGUCAUCAUCACCAAAGGAGCUCGUCGUCAUUAGGCCGGCCACCAGCUAAACGGCAUUGAGAAAACUCAGCAGCACCUUGUCAUCCAAGUCUUGAUCUUCGUCUUGGUCUGGAUAUCCGUAUCCAAUCACACAGUUCAGUUAUGUCCUCGACCGCCGGAAAGCGCAAGGAGAUCUACAAAUAUCUCGCGCCAUGGCCACUGUACUCCAUGAACUGGAGUGUAAGGCCGGACAAGCGAUUCCGGCUCGCACUGGGCAGCUUCAUCGAGGAGUACAACAACAAGGUACAGAUCAUCAGCCUGGACGAGGACACCAGCGAAUUUAGUGCUAAGAGCACCUUUGAUCAUCCAUAUCCGACAACCAAGAUCAUGUGGAUCCCGGACUCCAAGGGUGUCUAUCCGGAUCUGUUGGCCACCAGUGGCGACUACUUGCGGGUGUGGCGUGCCGGGGAACCGGACACGCGGCUCGAGUGCGUACUGAAUAACAACAAGAACAGCGACUUUUGCGCUCCCCUCACUUCGUUUGAUUGGAACGAGGUGGAUCCCAAUCUGGUGGGAACCUCAUCGAUAGACACAACCUGCACUAUCUGGGGACUGGAGACCGGACAGCCGCACGCUCGCGUCUAUGUGGCAGGACACGUGAAGACGCAAUUGAUUGCCCAUGACAAGGAAGUAUACGACAUUGCUUUUUCGCGGGCCGGCGGCGGUCGGGACAUGUUUGCCUCGGUGGGAGCGGACGGGUCGGUGCGCAUGUUUGAUCUGCGGCACUUGGAGCACUCGACCAUUAUAUAUGAGGAUCCUGCUCAUACGGCGCUGCUGCGCUUGGCCUGGAACAAACAGGACCCGAACUACUUAGCCACCGUUGCCAUGGACUCGUGCGAAGUAAUAAUUUUAGAUGUUCGUGUUCCUUGUACACCCGUUGCAAGACUGAGCAAUCACAGAGCGUGCGUCAACGGUAUUGCGUGGGCGCCGCAUAGUUCCUGUCACAUCUGCACUGCCGGUGAUGAUCACCAAGCACUGAUCUGGGAUAUACAACAAAUGCCACGUGCAAUCGAGGAUCCAAUUUUAGCCUAUACAGCUGCCGAGGGCGAAGUCAAUCAGAUUCAGUGGGGUGCCACACAGCCCGACUGGAUAGCCAUUUGCUAUAACAAAGCGUGCGAGAUCCUGCGGGUCUAAGUAAUUUUUUUUGGUCUGGUCCUUGCUGAAGCACCUGACUGCAAUUGCUGAACAACGCACAGUCAACAAAGAAGCAAGUCAGAAAAACACACAACACCCACAAAUAAACAUACAUUUGCUGUUGGUAACUUGGAAGCGGAAAGCAGUGAGCUUAAGUUGGAUUAGUUCUGUCAACACGCGUCCGCAGUUUGUUUAAUUUUACUGUCUGUCGAGAGAGAGAAAAUGUGAAAGUGACGGAUAUAGAGGCAGAGAAAUGGAAAGAGAAAGGGCUUAAAAGAAAGAUAUGAGUUUGAGGGAAAGAGAAGAGGACGAAGCACUUAUUCUAGAAUUCUUAGCUGAGUUGAUCUAACAAGUAUGUAAUUAUAUAAGGUAUAACCAAAAUAUGUUUUAUAAUUGUAGUUUAUUUCACACUUGACAAAUCCCGACACUCACACCCCCGAAAACUCCAAUCAAUUAGAGCCGCUUAAUCUUUUUUAUUUCGUUUUUAUACGAACCCAAAUGGAAUGCAGAAGAAAAAGAAAUCAUAUUUAUUAUAACACAAUGUCCUACCUCGUUUUUUCAAACAUGAAUGCUGUUAAUCGAGUUUUCGAGUCUGGUCAAAACAGCAACAACCACAAAAAUACACAGAGAACAAAAAAUGAGAGGUAAAAAAGUAGCCGGCAACAACGCUUUUUCGAAAUAUUUUUACUUUGUUCGAUUUUUGUAACAGAUCCAAAAAACGGAAAAACGACAAAAACAAGAGAUAAAGAAAAACAAAAGCAAAACCAUGGACUUAAGCAAUUGCAAAACAAACAUAAUAUGAAAUGAAUUAAAGAAAUAAGCGAAAUACUUACAUAGAUUAAAGAUUAAAAACCAAACCAGGAAACUGAUGACGAACUGCACACAACACAGCUAGAAUACAAUACUAUUUAAAGAUACAAACUAAAAGAUAAAACAAAUACCGAAAUAUAUGAGCGAGAGAGAAUACAAGAUUGUUGCUAUAUCCAUUUAACAAACGAGCGAAAAUAAGCAAACAAACUAUGAUCAUUUCAGAUAAGACACGACCCUCCAUCAAUAAUCUCAAAUCUUAACCACAUCCCAUACUUUCCACAGGACAAAGCGACUUUUUCAGAUAAAAUCGAAUACAUUUUUUUUAUGUAUCUUGUAAUUUAUAGCAAUUUCACAACUUAUAUAUAAAUAUGUAUACAGAAAGCGAUAGCAGUAAUAAUAAUCCCGAUGAUCGUGUAUUGUAAAUACAGCAUGAAAGGCAUAUUUUAAACGAAAACCAACUUAGGCCCUGAUUUUGUAUAGCCAUUUAAGAGGCCACUUCACGGGAAUUUAUAUCCUCAUAUCCGAAUACUUUUUCGUUUGCUGCAGAAGAGUAAGAAACUGAAAUCAAGUCUAUGGAAUUUGGAAUUGGAUAUAUUUUAUACGCUCGUAGCCACUAGGCGAAGACAUUUUCAUUAAUUUGGCAAACCACGGUUUCCGUAAAAAAAAUAAUCGAAAAAAAACCAAGUUAGAAUAUAAUUUUUAAUUUAAUCUUUAUUUUCGUGUGCCCUGUUUUGCAUUAUCCGACUUACGUUACAUUUAUAUAUGAAAUGUAUAUGUACACAAACACACACACACACACACACACACACUCAAGCGCAUAUAUAUAUGAGCAUCCGAUCGGGCUAAAGUAUUUACUAGAAAGCUAAUGAUUGAUCGAUGGAAUGGAUGGAUCACAAAAACCAAACAAAACAAAAGAUCACUGAGGAGUUUGAGAAAACAAACCAAAUCAGACAAAUAUUUAAAUAAACCAUUUUU